AUGUUCCCAGUUGUUGCGGUAUUUAUGAAAGCACCGUUCCCGUUGGUCUAUCGAGGAAUCGAAACAAUUCUUGGCUUUGCCAUCCUACAAGCAACUUUAUCGUAUUUCAUCGGCUGCUGCACGAUGUUCUUCAUCGAGUUACCGUUCAUGGAUAUCGAGAAAACAUUCCGGGAAAGGCGGAAUAUUUGUCAAGAUGGUCAUGCAAAGGAAGCAAUCGGGCAGCUAGCAUAUAUCAGUGCAACUAAAAACGAUACCACCCGAGAUAGUUUAUUAUCAAAUAAAUAA